UCCUCAGACGAGCGGGGAGGCGGCGUGGGGCAGCGGCUGCCGGCUGGGACGAGAACUGGACUGCUGUGCAGCAAGGGCUGGCUGGAUGAGGAGGGAAGUCAGGAGAGAGAGCUUGAUCUGCGAUGUGGUGGCCUGACUGAAAGAAAGCCGACCUGGGCUCCUGUUUCUGCUUGCAAGGGGAUGUUUUGUUUGUUCUUAAACACUGGAUAUGCUGGGUCACUGAACUGUUACUCCAGAAAGCAUUGCUGAGAGGACAAGCUGGGAAGACAUCAUUACGAUGGCAAGCACGAAUGCAACACUUUUCCAAAAAUCUCUCAUCUAGUGAAGCAUGCACAUACUCUACUGCAAGAAAGCAACGUUUGAGGAUUUUUAAACCACUGACUGUAACCUUGUCUAGCUUUUUGUGUGCCUGCUGAAAAAGACUUUUCUUCUAUAUCUUUAAAGCAGACUACAAGACUACACUCCUCAGAAGGAUUUAAGAUUUUCCUGGACACUUUACAAGCCCCCCCACACACAAGAUGAUUGACCUAAGCUUCCUAACAGAGGAGGAACAAGAGGCAAUAAUGAAGGUGCUGCAACGAGAUGCAGAGCUUAAAAGAGCUGAAGAAGAGAGAGUCAGGCAUUUACCAGAAAAAGUCAAAGAUGAUGUUCAGCUAAAGAAUAUGAGUGGACAGUGGUUUUAUGAAGCAAAGUCAAAGAGGCACAGAGAUAAGAUACAUGGAGCAGAUAUUAUUAGAGCUUCCAUGAGACGAAAGCCUGCCACUCUUGCUGAAAUGAGUCAGAACAAAUCAAACAAAGAAAAGAACAGCUGGGUGAGCAAUGUUAAUAAAGAAGUCUUUGUGCCACCAGAACUACAUGGCGUUGUGGAACAUCAAGAACAACAACAGAAAUCUAGUUCAAGUUCUAAACCAGUAACAUCUAUGUUAGAGAAACCAGAGGAAAGACCUAUGAAAGCAGUCUCACCAGCAAAGCAAAGGAGAAAUCCAUUUAAUACCACUGCAUCGGGUGAUAACUUGAACAGUGGGGAAUCAGAAAACAUACCAGCCACUCUACCUCAGCUAUCAAAGGAAACUUUGUCAAUCUCAGAAGAGGGUCAACCUAAACCAAACUUACAAAAUGUUGAAAUAGAGAAACAUAAGCAGCCUUCUGUAGAACCUACUGAUGAAUCACAGAAAGGACUAGUUAAGCGUCCUGUCCCAAAAGCUAGAAAAUUAAUUCAUAAAGCAACAGGUCCUGUGUCACAAAGAGAAGAUUUUGUGCCAAAAUCAGCCAAACAGACCGAGAAGAUUAAUAGCAUUGGUACACCACCCAGGGGCAUUCUGAAGCGCAGUUCAAGUUCAAGUUCCACUGACUCAGAAGUUCGUGUUAGUCAGAAGUUAGACGUUCAGAAAAAGAAUGGUCUUCCUACUGCGACUAUUUUUGAAGGAGAAGCUGAGAAGAGCUCUUUUAUGGAAGAAGCAGAAGACUCCACACAAAUUUCACUAGAAAAACUAAAACAAGUGAGGUUCUCAUCUAGCACAAGUAAAGGAGAACCUCUGCAAAGCCCACAGCUACACCAUGGUAGAGAAACAGGAGAGUUUGCUUUGUUAGAAUCUGAUGAAAUAAAGAGUAGUGGAAGUGAUGCUGCUAAAUCAGAUUCAUUUGGGAAUAAGCAAAUUCCUACUGUAAAGCCUUUGGGAACCUAUUCAUCAGCUUUACAAGUGAAAACAAUAGAUGGCUUACAAGAAGACACAUCGGCAUCCAGCCCUUGUGACACUAAUAGGUCAGUCUUCCUGGUUAAUGAAACCUUGCAGACAAAGACAGUUACUCCUAAGAAACUUGAAACUCCACAGAAGACCUCCAGCAAUAUCCUGCCAAAUAGCAACAAUGAACUGAGUGUUGAUGAGACAUGUGAAAAUAAAUCCAACCAGAUCUUGAGCCGUGAAUCAAAGUCACACAAAAACUUUACUGAUAAACAUCAGCUUUCUGCUAAGACAGAAUCACAUGAGGUGUCAAAUACCAAUUCUACAAGUCUUCAACAAGGUAAGCCUGAUCUUGUUGAGGAGCAAGAUGCUAAAACCACUUUCAAGCCUGACAAACAUGCUGAUGAACUCAGGAAAGUGGCUGAUGAAUCUGUGACAAAAGUUUUAGACUGGUUUAAAAGAAGUUCUGGUACUGAAGAUAGGAAACAUGUAUCAGCCAGAUCCCAAGGCAGGCAACCCAAAGAGGAAGUGGACUUCUCAUCCAGAACAGCACUUCUUCCUCCAGAACACAGUGGGCCUAGCAUGGGUGGAAAAACAAAAAUUACAGAAGAGUUAUUGUUUGAAAAGAAUGAAAACCAGAAUAAUAUUUCACCUGCAUCAUUUAUUUCAGAAGAUACACAGCUGAUAGAGAGGUUGAAACCUAAGAAAGGGGAAGAGAAUGAGGAGCAAAAUGACAAAUCACUAAUUGAAUUUGACUGUACAAGAGCUGAAGAAAGAGAAUGUGGUCAAGAAAUCAAGCAACAAAAUAAAAUACCAAGUUUCUUGGAACAUCAAGAACACAAGCUACCAGCUCAGAAACAUGAACUAGAGAAGGCAAUACAAGAAAAAAGAAGAAUAAAAGAGAUCAGAGCAUUCUGGGAAAGGGAUAAAACUAUCCCCAGUCACAGAGAGAAAGAAGUUAGUUUCAAUACUAAUGCAUCAGGUGGCAGUGCAUUGAAAGGUCUCAGAGAAAGUGACAAAAUAAACCCAACUGUAGUAUACCCACCUAAUGGAUUGGAUGAUCAAAGCAAAAAUAUGUUAAGAAGUGCUGAACUAAGUUGUGCAAACCAGGCUUCAAGAAAUGAACAUAAAAACUCUUUUGAGUUUGGACCAGGCCAUGAAGUUCAAAAAAUAGAAAGAACACUUCCAUCUCAUGGUGAAGUUCAUGAAUACAUAGAAUUGCCAAAAGCCAGUAAUUUGCAGACAAGAUUUGAUGCCACUUCAGCUUCCCCAGAAAGCAAAGACAAAGAUGAGAAAGAAACACUUAAAGUUGCUGCUUGUUCCCGACAGAAGCCUCGCUUCCAGAUUUUGUCUUUAAAAGAAAAAAUGAAUGAAAAGUCCAAGAAUCAAAUUUCAGAUCCUUCACAGUUCCAGAGUUUAAGAAACUUCUGGGAUACUGGCGUUAAAUUACAGAAUAGCAUUGAUAGGGUAGGUGUUUCUUUGCCAAAUAAUACUAGUUCAAUAACCUAUGAAAGAAAAUCAAAGGAAGAUAAAAAAGAGAGAGAUAACAUGAGCAAGCAAGAGUUAAUUCAACAACAAACCCAAACAUCUGAGAGAGAAAAACCACAGAAAUUAGAUUCCGUAGUAUGUCAACUGUCUCUAGGAUCACCUACCCUGAAAUGUCUCAAUGUGGCACACCCCAAAAAUACAGACUUUGUCCAGCUGGACAGAAAACCAGUUAUCUCAAAAUCCCAGGAAAACAUGGGUCUUCCAGAGCAAGAAGUUAAAGAAUGUAUAGAAGAAAGUAUUGUUUCAUCAAAAGAACAUCAUGUUUCCUUGCAGUUGCUCCAAACACCUGGAGAUAAAGAUGCUUUAAAGGAGACAGCAGUAGAUGAUUGGUUAUGUUUGCCUAUAGAAAACGUGGAAAACAAGACUACUCUAUUAGAUGUUAGUGUCCCUAAAGAGGAAGUUGCAGAGACUGUGGAUAAGGUUGUUCUACCUAAAGCUGAGCUUGAUAUAUUCAAAUUAGGCCUAAGGAAGUUAGGAAAGGAAGCCUGUGAGAUGCCAUCUAGCUUGAACCUAAAAGAAAACAUUUUGAAAGAGACAAUUUUUCCCUCAAAUUGGUGCAGGGUCUUUGAAAGCACAGUAGGACAGAGCUAUGACAUGUCUCCUGCUGAUCAGAGAGAAGAAAUGAGCAAAAGCAUAGGAAAAAUGCAUGUGCCAUCAAUAGAUGAAAACAAAAAAGGCCUCUGGAAACUCUUUAGGGAAUUUGAACCUCUCUGUCUACGACAUCAGGCAGCAGACAAGGAUAAUACUCUUGAGGGUUCUCAGAGGCCUCAAGUUGGUUUGCAGAACCUGCUCAGAGAAACCUUUUCAUCAUCUCAACCUUAUGAAUAUAGAAGUGUAGGAAUCAAAACAUCAGAUGACACAAAUAGUAUAUCACAAACUAAUUGUAGUGUAGGAGUGACAUGCCAAGAAUAUACUGAUCACACUGAAGAGGUCAAGGAGAUCACAGAAAAGUCUGUUGCCCCAUCCAAGGACAGUGGUUUGAGUUCUGCUUUAGAGAAGCUGCUGGAGGAGGCCUCUGAAACAGCACCUCCUAAACCAAAAUGUGCCAUUAGCACGAUACAGAAAACUGCUGAGGUGGAAGUUAAAAGAAUGACCUGUGAGCAUGAUAGAGAGUUGCUGCAGGAAAUCAAUGAGACUAUAGAAAAGUCUGUUGCUCCAUCCAAGGUCAGUGGUUUGAGUUCUGCUUUAGAGAAGCUGCUGGAGGAGGCCUCUGAAACAGCACCUCCUAAACCAAAACAUACUGACAGCACAGUAUGGAGGCCUGCUGAGGUGGAAAUUAGAAGAAUGACCUAUGAGCAUGAUGGAGAGUUGCCACAGGAAGUCAGUGAGACCAUAGAAAAGUCUGUUGCCCCAUCCAAGGACAGUGGUUUGAGUUCUGCUUUAGAGAAGCUGCUGGAGGAGGCCUCUGAAACAGCACCUCCUAAACCAAAACAUACUGACAGCACAGUAUGGAGGCCUGCUGAGGUGGAAAUUAAAAGAAUGACCUAUGAGCAUGAUGGAGAGUUGCCACAGGAAGUCAGUGAGACCAUAGAAAAGUCUGUUGCCCCAUCCAAGGACAGUGGUUUGAGUUCUGCUUUAGAGAAGCUGCUGGAGGAGGCCUCUGAAACAGGACCUCCUAAACCAAUAUGUGCUAUUAGCACGAUACAGAAAACUGCUGAGGUGGAAGUUAAAAGAAUGACCUGUGAUCAUGAUAGAGAGUUGCUGCAGGAAAUCAACGAGACUAUAGAAAAGUCUGUUGCUCCAUCCAAGGUCAGUGGUUUGAGUUCUGCUUUAGAGAAGCUGCUGGAGGAGGCCUCUGAAACAGCACCUCCUAAACCAAAACAUACUGACAGCACAGUAUGGAGGCCUGCUGAGGUGGAAAUUAGAAGAAUGACCUAUGAGCAUGAUGGAGAGUUGCCACAGGAAGUCAGUGAGACCAUAGAAAGAUCUGCAAUGUCCAAGGCUGAACAUGAAGUAUUUGAUGUUAAUUUGCAGAAGCUACAGAAAGAUACCUCUGAAACAGCAGCCUCUGUGGUGGAAAAUAUGGAUAAGAAAAUGCAAGGUAAAAUACAGACUAGUCAAAGUAUGAAUUCUCCACAUCGACAAGAGAGAGAUCCUCCUCAAGAAAUACAAGAAACAGUAGAAAAAACUUCUGUUUCAAAUAUUGCACAGUUCAGUGAAUUCAGUAGCUCUUUAGAAAAGCUUCUUCUAGAAGCAUCUGAAGCUUCACCUCCAAUAUCCAAAGAGUUGCAUAAACAAGAAAGGUUUGGGGUUCAUACAUUUUCAUCACAAAAAGAGACUCUAUUCAUGACAAUGUCACAGUCAUAUGAUGCUUUACAUAGCUAUCGUACACAGAUGAAGAUAGCUAUCAAAAGGGGCACUCCAGAACAAAAUAUCAAAGCCUUAGUAAAUGAUCUUGCAGUAAGUGAAAUUGAAGCUUCUGAUCUUUCUAAAAGAAACGGAGCUAUUAAUAAAAAAGUAAAGAGAAACAUGGCUUCAGUUGAUCAUCUUCCCUUGGAAGGAGAGACCAAUAUGAAUGCAAUCAAGGCAUUCAAGAUAAAUGAAAAAGGAAGGAGAGAUGAAAGCACAUCCUUGGAUCCUUCUGAACAGAAUUCAGAAUUUAAAGCACUGUUGAAAUUCAGAAGAGCAAGCACACCACUUAAAGAUGAGAGCAACUCCCCCCAGCUGGAAGGAGCUCAACUCUGCCUAACGUCUCAGCAUGAGGAUAAUGAAGUGGAAGGGGAUGGCUCAAAUUUGGGAUCCAAGUUUUCAGAUGAAAACUUUGAGUCUCACUCUGGAACCAGAAAUUCAACUUACAGCAACGCUAUACAGCCUGGUUUCUUGGCUGAUGGGGAGGAAGGUUCAGAAGAAUUAAACCCUGUUUUGAUGGCUUUGAAAAGGAAUGCAGAUAGGAAAAUGCCUUCCAAAAGUCUUGAGGACAUUCCAUCAGCCACCUCAAAUAAAGGAAAAAAUAAUAAUCCAAAGGAAGAAUUAGCUCUUAGUGCUGAAGAUGGUCUGAAACCUGAUCAGCAUCAAGAGGGGAAUGAAAAUGCAGCAGAAAUUUCCACAGUACCUUCACAGCCUGAUAAACUGUUUUCCAAUCCUGAAAAACUCAAAGGACUGAGCAAGUCAGUACCAUCAUUCCCACAGGAAGAGAGUGAUGACAGAGAGACAGAUACAGCAUCAGAAAGCAGUUAUUCCCUUGGCAGAAUCAAGAAGAGUCCCAGCUCUCUAACCAAUCUUAGUGGCUCCUCUGGCAUGGCCUCCUUAUCCUCUGUGAGCGGAAGUCUAAUGAGCAUCUAUAGUGCAGACUUUGGCAACGUUGAUGUGAAGGGAAACAUUCAGUUUGCUAUUGAUUAUGUAGAACAGCUGAACGAGCUCCACAUAUUUAUUUGCCAGUGUAAAGACUUGGCAGUGGCAGAUGUUAAGCGACAGCGUUCAGAUCCGUAUGUAAAGACCUACCUGCUUCCAGAGAAAUACAAGCUGGGCAAACGGAAGACUUCUGUCAAGAAGAAAACUUUUAAUCCAGUCUAUAAUGAAAUACUGCGGUAUAAAAUUGAAAAGGAUCACCUAAAGAACCAGAGCCUUAAUAUCUCUGUCUGGCACAAUGAUACCUUUGGGAGGAAUAGCUUCCUUGGUGAAGUGGAGCUGGAUUUAGGAACUUGGGACUGGAAUGAUAAAUCCAACAAGCAGAUCAACUGGUUUCCACUCAAGCCAAGGACUUCAACAAUGACUCUUAGCCUAGAAAACAGAGGGGAGAUGAAAUUAGCCCUCCAGUAUGUCCCACACCCUGUUGGAGGAAAGAAGACUCUAUCUACUGGUGAGGUCCACAUCUGGGUGAAGGAAUGCCAUGACCUUCCUCUUCUGAGAGGCAACAGGCUCAACUCUUUCAUUAAGUGUACCGUUCUUCCAGAUACUAGCAGGAAAAGUCGUCAAAAAACAAGAACAGUGGCAAAGACUACAAACCCAGUAUUCAACCACACCAUGGUCUAUGAUGGCUUUAGACCAGAAGAUUUGAAAGAAGCCUGCAUAGAACUCACAGUGUGGGAUCACCACAAACUAGCCAACCACUUUCUGGGAGGUCUCAGGAUAGGCCUUGGAACAGGCAAAAGCUAUGGGACUACAGUAGAGUGGAUGGAUUCUACUUCAGAUGAAACUGCCCUUUGGGAGAAGAUGAUGAACUCACCAAACACAUGGAUAGAAGACACACUACCUCUCAGGAUGCUAAUGGUUGCAAAAUUGACAAAAUAAGGUGGCUUUUUAAUUGCUAGUGUCAAAAAGAAACCUUGGAAAUUAAAUUAAAGGUGUGGGGAUGAAACUUGGAAGAGGAACACAGUAGCUCUUUCGACAGUCUCUGCUCUGUUGCUGUUCAGUUUUUGUGCUGUCAAAUGUCAUUUUGUAUUUCAAAUUAAACUUUUGCCUGUAGAUGAUUAUGUAAAUUUAAGGGAUUCUUUAAUUUCUCAUUUACUGAAAAAGACUUAAAGAAGGCACUCACAGAAUUCAGUAGUAGAGGUAGCUGUGAUACCUGGGUGCUGGCAUUGCCUAACUGAAGCAUUGUUGAUCACUUAAUCUAAAUUACCAGCAAAAAUUAAGAGCAAGUCAACUCUUUCUGUACACUUCUAGGACUGAUCGUGAAGUGUUAUUGAUAAGACAGCAACAGGUUGCAAUUUGUUCAUGCUCAUUAGUAUGUGUUUUUAUCCUUGUUAUGCUGUGUCAGAUCUCUCCAGUGAGGAAUUUUUUUUUUUUAAGUUCCUUUAUUUGUAGUUGUCCACUUCUAGGGUAUGAAAGUCGCUUCUAUAAUGAAAGAAUUGUUACACGAAGUGGUACUGUCAAUGUUCUGUUCUGCAGGGUGCAGAGGACUGUUAGUUCCAAUGUACUAUAAAAAAUCAGGGUUAUAAAUUUUGCUUAUACAUGCGUUAAUGUCUUGCUAGUUCAUAAUCCUUACUCUUAAAUGGUGAAGGCAUAGAGGUGAAACUUUUUUAAUUGCAAUUCUACUCUAAAGGAUCCAAACCUGCCAAUUUUAGUUAUGACAAGUAUGUUGGGUAUUUAUUCUGUAAAGUGUACUUGUCUGUACCUGUAUCUAUUGGCUUUUUUUUUGCAAAAAUUUAUCUGUGCUUCAGCGCCACCGUUGGGAGAAUGCUGGGAUUAUGGUGGUCUUGGUUUAGACAGCUUUGCAGCAUAGGAGAUAGGACUGGAAUUUGUAACUUGUAGAAAUGCAUAUUACCAAAGAAAGAUAAAUGCAUAAAAUAAAAAAUGUACUACAUUUUUUUUAAUAAAAGCAGCCUAUUAAAGCUAAAUAAAAAUUAUUGCUCAUUAAAACCCAGUGUUUUACAUUAGCAAUUCAGCAUGCAAUAUGACAAAAUGCAGACAGAAAACAUUUCUAAAAAUAAAGGCACGUUUAUUUGCUCGAAAUGUGUAAGUCUAAAAGCUGGUGAAAUCUUGCACCUCAGUAGAGAGAAGAGAGCUCUUCACAGCUCCAACUCCACUGCUUAAUUUAAUCACAAAAAUUUAAAUGCUACUUGGUAUUUAAUACACUAUGAGUGGAAAAAAAAAAAAAAGGUGCUAUUCAACCUGCUGGGGAACCCACUUUCUCUCUUAUCAACAAGGCUGUCUGUGGAGUUUACAAAUGCCAAAAGUAGGUGUCAGUCUUGAUCUCUUAUUGCUUCAGAUGUUUUGGACGAGAUUUGUAGCUGCUACAGAUUCUGCUUUGCCAGGUACGUACAAAACAUUGUUCCUGUCUGACUAGGGAACAGUGUGCAUGUGACACUUCAGAACACACUUAAGUGGUGUAGCAGCUACUUUGCUUCUGUAAACAGCUGCUCCUGAAAGGGCGGUGAUUCUGGAAAAGCAGAGAAGCACCUAGUUGACUUGUAUUCGCUGCCUAGAUUAAUUAAUUUUCACGUGACAAGUAGCUUGCUGUGAACAUGACCUACAACUUCACAGGGUUAGUUCCUGUUGUUGUGCUUCCUGUGAAGCUCAAAUACAUCACUAUGUUAAAAUAGGUUUGGGACUUCAGCUGUAGGGAUGGGGGCUUGAGGCUCUAGAGUUGCAGGCAGGUGUCAUGUAAUCUGCUGUGUUCUAUACUGUACAAAACUUUGAUAGUUAUACUUGACUGCCAUCAAAAUAAAAUGUUUGGUUUGUGACGGUGUCAA